GUUUAUUGUGGGAAGGGGACUUUUCUUUUGAAGUGUAGCAGGUUGCUCAACCUCAGCCCUGCCUCUUAAAGUCUUGCAGACAGAUCUGGAGCUUAUAAAGGAUGGCUGAACCACCUCGGUCAUGUGAUUGUUUUGUAUCUCUGCCUCCGGGUUCAAAAGAAGAUUAUGUGAUAUUUGGUAAGAACUCUGACCGCCCGAGAGAUGAGGUACAGGAGGUGGUGUAUUACCCUGCGAAUUCACAUGCUUCUGGGUCUAGAGUCCAGUGCACAUACAUUUCCAUCCCUCAAGUAGAGCACACCCUUGCAGUUGUACUGAGCAGACCUGCAUGGCUCUGGGGGGCUGAGAUGGGGGCUAAUGAACACGGGGUGUGUAUUGGAAAUGAGGCAGUUUGGACCAAGGAGCCCGUGAGUCCAGAAGAAGCUCUACUUGGAAUGGACCUGGUUCGGCUGGGUCUUGAGCGGGGGGUCAGCGCGUGGGCCGCUCUGAAUAUCAUCACAGGCCUACUGGGGCAGCACGGUCAGGGCGGAGCCUGCAGGGAGACCACCGAACCCUUUAGUUACCAUAACACCUUCUUACUGGUGGACCGACAGGAAGCUUGGGUCCUAGAGACUGCUGGGAAACUGUGGGCUGCACAGAAAGUCACAGAGGGAGUCAAGAACAUUUCUAACCAGCUGACGAUAGGCACAGAGAUCUCUGCAGAGCAUCCGGAGCUACGCAGUGUGGCUCAGUCUCAGGGCUGGUGGAGUGGUGAGGGGGAGUUCAGCUUCACUGCUGUCUUCAGCCCUGACAAUCCCCCUGCUAGGAUGGAACUGGCGAAGCAGCGCUAUGAGGGUGGCACAGCCCUGCUCCAAGAAUGUGACGGCUCUGUGACUGCAGAGGUGAUGAUGAGCAUCCUGAGGGACAAGGGCAGUGUGAUCUGUAUGGACUCCGAGGGCUUCCGUACCACAGGCAGCAUGGUGUCAAUCCUUCCACGCAACCCAGACGUGCCCUGCGUUCACUUCCUCACUGCCACACCCGACCCCUCCAGGUCUGUAUUCAAGCCUUUCAUCUUCUCGGAGAGCAUGAGGCCCGUCAGCAUGGUGAUGUCACCACAGUAUGGGCCUGAUGAUCCUGUCAGGACGCAGCCUCGAUUCCAGCACCAGGUGGACCGCAAACAUGAGCUGUACAAAGCCCACCAGAGUGCCGUAAGCAAUCCUGAUGCUGGAGGCUCUCUACAGGAGACUAUGAGACACCUGGAGUAUCAAUGUCUUGAGGAGAUAGAGGCCAUGCUUAGGGGAGAGAUACAGGGCCAGGAGCUCGGUGACCUGUUCUUCGACUGCGUGGACGCAGAGAUCAAAUUCUACCAGUGAGACAGAGAAGAUAAACUCUCAGUUAAACAUGCAGCAUAUUGGGAACCAUGUUCCUGCCUGAUCUGAUCUCUGACUUCAGUCUUUUUCUGUCUGAUAUUGCCUGUAACUUGUGGCUGUUUUGCAGUUUGUCAUUGCGAAUGUCGGUAGUGCUUUCUGAUCUGCCUGGAGAGAGAGAGAGAGAUAGAGAGACAGUCCUGAGUGCACAGGUUCCUGCCUGCUCAAAUCCUGCUCUCCUAGUCACCUGACGCCAUGCCAAACUAAUUGUGAUAUCCAUGCCACACUAACUGUACAUUUUGAAGACAUGCUAGAUGUUCAUUUGAGUAAUUGUCACACAGUGCACUCAUAUAUGCAUAACAUUAACCAGUUAGAUUACGAAAGCAUGUAUAUGUAGAUGUGUGAGAGAAGAGAUGUUAGUGAAAUUCCAUUCAGUCAUUCCAGUAAGUAAAAGGGAUCAGCUACCAGACUGACCCUCUGAGGAGAAAUACAAUAAAAUG